AUGAUGUUCGGUUUGCCGUUGAUGACGCUCUCGUUCCUGUCGCUGACGUCUUCGAUGCAGCCACGCGCCCGGUUUUCUACGGCAGCCUCGUUCGCUAUUCUAGCAAUGUCUCGAUACCUACUUGUUUCAAAAUCCUCUUGGGAACUUAUGGUUAUUGGUUAUACACUCGUUACAGCUGUAACAUGGAUGUAUCUUUACAUUCGUUUAUCAUUUAAUCGAAGAAUGGUCAAUAGCACUAUCAAUGUUUGGAACGAUGUUCUAUUGUACCUGGUCAUAUAUAUGCUUUGCCGAUUUAUCUGCCUCGAUUCCAUUUCUCGUAUUUCUGCAUGCAUGUUCAUUUGGUUCCGCAUGCGUUCUAGUGGUCGCAUCUGGUUCUGUUUGUAUGAACCCCACGGAAACAGACAACGACGCUUAUCAGGCCUCAAUCAUUCGCUUUGUCGGCACUUUCUUAAACAUGGGAAGUAA